AUGGCCCAGGAGGUCCCAGGCGACACCCUGGGCGAUGAGUUCAAGGGCUACGUCUUCCGAAUCGGUGGCGGCAAUGACAAGCAGGGCUUCCCCAUGAAGCAGGGCGUUCUCAGCAACAACCGUGUCAGGCACCGUCUCGGAGGGUUUCUGGCAUUUCGGCAGGGCUCUGUCUGA